AAUUUUGCAUGACCAUUUUCAUGCUCUUUAAGAAUAUAAAAAAUAAGAAGAAAAAAACUCGUAGGAAGAAAUUGUUGAUUCCUUCCUUGUAACUCUCUAUUAGUUUGCAACUCUCUUUAAAUAUAAUAAUACUAUAUAUAAUUAUAAGCAUUUAUAAAGCAUUAUUAUCAUCACCUACUGAAAGAGAGUCUGUAUAACCAGACUUAAACUCUACACCCAUCAACUUUUUUCUAUUUUUUGCAUUGUGAGUACUCAGACAAGAACAUUUUUGGUUUUAUUACAAUGAGGAAGAAAAUAUUGGUUUUAUUACAGUGCAUUUUCUUGGUGGAAUGCUUUCUGGUUAUGAAAAUGGAGUCAGCAAUAGUAGCAGAAGACAAAGAAGAAGCAGUAAUUCCAGUGGCAACAAUGUCACCACCAGAGGGCAACACAACAUUUCUUGGUGGGUCAACAUGGUGUGUGGCUCUUGCAGGUGUGACUCAAAUUGAUUUGCAGAAUGCUUUAGACUGGGCCUGUGGCUUAGGGAUGACAGAUUGUUCUGCAAUUCAGCAAGGUGGAGCUUGUUUUGAGCCUAACACUCUGCUCUCCCAUGCUUCAUUUGCUUUCAACAAUUAUUAUCAGCAAAAUGGCAAUUCUGAUAUUGCUUGCAAUUUUGGUGGGACGGCCACUUUAACUAAGAAUAAUCCGAGUUAUGGAAAAUGUGUAUAUGCAUCAUCUGGAGUAGGAUCUCUACGGUCGUCGGCACCGCCAUCCUCCAAGUACAGACCAAAUUUUGUAUGGUGGAAGUUUGCUGGGAUUUUGCUGCUUUUGUACUGGAGAAGCUGAUUGUGGUUGACUUGUGAAUCAAGUUAAAUUUAAUGCUGAUAUUAAACCCUCCCUUUAUCAAUUUUUCAAGUUUAUGAGAAUGAAAAGGCAAAAGGAAUUAAUUAAGAUUAGAUUAAGGUUGAUUUUAGUCUUUUUGGAAUUAGAAUUAAUUGCUCAAGUUAUUCUUAUCUUUGUCUUGAAGAUUUGGAAUCUAUGUUAGAUAUGGCGUUUGCUAUCAAAUUCUUCUUUUUGUAUUAUGCUUUCAAUCAAGGACUUGGUUAGAAAGAACUUCAUUAUAUCUUGAUUGAUUAUUUUAAAGGCUAAA